CCAAAACUAACAUCUGACAGGUCGUCGUUUUGUUAAGAUUUUGUACCUGUAGUGCGGUCGCGUCUAAUUCGUCGCUUUAGUCUUCAACAUGGUUGAGAUCUUUGUGGGAAAAUGGAAGAUUGAAACCAGUGAGAAUUUCGAUGAUUACAUGAAAGCUUUAGGAGUGGGUCUUGCAACUCGCCAAAUGGGGAACAUGGUAAAACCGAGUUUCCACUUCGCCGUGGACGAUCAGGGGGUGAUCUGCAUGAAGACACAGAGCACUCUAAAAUCAACGGAGGUCAAAUUUAAGCUUGGUGAGGAAUUCGACGAAACAACUGCAGACGACCGGAAAACCAAGACCGUAGUUACGCUUGAAAACGGGAAACUCAUCCAAACGCAGACGUGGGAUGGGAAGCAGACGACAAUAGAGCGAACCUUGCAGGAUGGGAAACUGAUGGUGAAGUGUGUUAUGGAUGACGUUGUGGCUACCAGGACAUACGUGAAGGAAGCUUGAAACUGCAGCUCUGCUCUUCUCGGCUUGAAGGCUGUUCCCAUUCCUCUAGUUUUCAAUGCCUGAUCUCGUUCUCAAAAUAAACACUCGAAAACAAA